UUUCAUCGUGUUUGUUCUCAACGAAAUUCGCCAAAAUUUCACUCCAAAAUAACUAUUUCAACUCUUCAAGAUGUAGUGCAAGCGUAUAAAUAGUUUUUAUGGUGUAAUAUCGUUGUAGUUUGAUUUUUUUCUKAAGCUUUUCAGACAUUCACAGCUGUUUUUUCGCUUGUGUUUUGGAUCACAAAACAUCCAGCAAACUGCAGGGAAAAUGACUGACAUCGAGUCGUUGACCGCUUCGCUCGUUCGUGAAUAUUUGAGCAGAAAGGGCCUCAAACGUACUCUGCAAGUUCUGGAUCAAGAGAUGCCCAGACUUGAACACAGUAUUAGUAACCGUGCAAUGCUUGCUAAAGAAGUUCAUAUUGAGAAACUAAUUAAGAAAAACAAGGAGCAAGCACUGGUGUUCAGAACAAUGCUAGAGGUCAUUGUACAGUACUUGAAAGAAAGGGGAACUCCUAGUACACCUAGUACACCCUCUACUACACAGGAAACCCAAAGACCUUCUACAGCUGUUAAAAGGGAAAGAAGAUCAUCUGUAGAAAAGGCUAAACCUCAACAAAAAUCAGAAGAAACUGAGAAUCAUCACACAAACCAAGACUAUAGUGACCUACUUGAAAAACUAGAAAAAUCAGAAAAGCCGUCUAAACACAGAGAGAACAGAGAAGUACUUCACCCCUCCACACCCUUAAGCCUCAAACCAAAGGUACAUUUUCCCAGUCAAACUGACAGCACAACGUCAGCUGCAGCAACUCCAAGAGCAAAGACACCUCGAUCUAGAGUACGUAGUGCUGGGCUGGCAGGUCCUGUUGUGAGUUCAGGUCUGGCAGGAGGUCGAGAGAAGCGUGCUGGAAAUGUUAAAGGUUUUGCUUCAGAUUUAAGUAUCACUGGGCAUAAGUUUCAGAUGGAUAAGGGUAAAGUUUCAGUUGAAAGUACCCUGAAAGGAGGUAACUGGGCAAACAUGGAUCAAAUGAAAGGAACUGAGAAAGACUCACAUGGAGAAGAAACAGUAACAAAGAAUGUCAUUCAAGUUGACUUGCAAAGUAGUUUUUCUAAUGAAACAAAAUCAAAGAAAUCACCAAGACCGAUGUCCUCUCACCCAAAAAGAASUAAUUAUCAGCCACAGCCUUACAAAAAAGAAGAGCUUGUAUUUGAAGACAUUGAUGAUGAUCUGGAUGACAGCUUGGGAUCACUAUCAAUAGGCUCAUCUCAUCAAAUUGAAGCAGAUUUUGACAGCAAACCAAUAUCCUUGGAGCAAGCCAUGGCUCUCAAAAAUCUAAUAUUUGGUUCCGCAAACAGUUCGUUCAAUCAGGAAUGGAGACAACAGAGCUUUAAUUUCUGUGAUCUUUAUGGUCUAGAAUACGGUAUAGUCCAACAUAAGGGCGGUCCCUGCGGGGUUCUUGCUGCUGUGCAGGCUUUUGUCCUCAAGAGUCUUUUGUUUGGAGAUCAAAGAAAAAGAGAUUSUAGACAGUGUCUGCAACCAUCGUCGAGAGARAGAACCAAAGCUUUAGCUACGGCCAUUGCUGAGAUAUUAUGGCGAGCUGGACAAAAUCAAACCGCAGUUGUAGCACUACCGACAGGUUUUGGGAAUUCUAAUUUUAUUGGUGCUGGAAGAUAUAAACCUGAUCAGUUAACAGAAAAUCUUGUUCUCAGAAGUUUUACUUCAMAAGAAAGUCUCUAUAACUACGUUAAUCAACAAAUACAACAGUUUGAAGAUAAAUCCAGUAGUGGUUGCAUUUUGCUGUUAUAUUCCACAAUACUUUCAAGAUCGAUAAAAAGAUGGCGAAAAGUCAAUAUAUAUAUAUUUCAUGUUUUCCAGGAAAUGGUCAAUCUUAUAACUAUAGGGAAGGCAACGUCAAAUGCAUUUGAUAAUACAAUAGAAUUGGAUUCUGGAGGCGCGAAUGUUGUUGUGCUUAAGGGUCUAGAAAAGCAAGCAGAAGUCGGUCUUUUAUCGUUAUUUGAACACUACGGUUCUUGUCAGGUUGGGACAUACUACAAAACUCCUAAAUUCCCAAUAUGGGUGAUAUGUAGCGAGAGUCAUUUCAGUGUGAUGUUUUCUACAGAAAGACUGCUCCUUGAAAACUGGGAACGUAAAAAGAAGUUUGACUUAUACUAUUAUGAUGGUCUAUCAAGACAAGAAGAUGAAAUAAGACUAACCGUAGAUACUACUACUGAGUGCCCAGAAUCGGAAGAUGGAGAUUUGGUACCUCCGCUUGAACAUGUCAUCAGAACAAGGUANUUAUUCCAAUGCAGAUGGAAAAAAGCAACGGUGGACUGGAAUGGAAGUGAACCAAUACUGUAACGCAAUCCAUAGUCACAUCGUAGUCACGAUGUAAAGCAAUCAAUUCUCGCAUUGUCGCAGCAGAGUGGAUCAACGCAGGUCAUUUUCGCGCUUAUUUUCUACAUUUGUGGUGUCACUCGAUUCAGUACCACGUAUUUUUGUCACACAAUCCAUAACUCUUUUCGCCAAAGUAACAUAAUAUCACACAAUUCAUCUUUCACUUUGUCAUGGAUGAUUUUACAAACUUUUAAUUUUAUGAACAUGUAAUAUGGCAUUCGAUAUUUACAGCAAUCGAUAUUUAURUAUGUACAAUGCAAUGCCUUGUUGGAGGUGUAUUUUAAAACAAGUGUUGGCAGGUUGUGAGCUUGUCGAAAAAAACGUCGAGAUGGAAUUACCUCAGAAAGUGUUCUAAAAACCAUUAUACCCGAUUGAGAGAGACUAGACUAUCGACUAUGUUAUUCCAUUAGUGUUUUCCCUCACGUAUAAUAAACCAGUUUAUACAAUUCAA